ACAUGUUUUACACCAUUUUUGUAAGUUUAUCGCAAUCCACAGUCACACAGACAUCAGACACAAACACUAGAAACGACACUGAUAAUAUAAUUUGAAAAGAUGACAGAAAUAGAAUGUAACCAUUAAAUAUAGUGUCAGAGUGUCUGUGUUGUGUCUGUGACGUGACAGACUAGUUGAUUAAGAGGUAGAGUUUGAUGAUAUGUUUUUAUCUAUCAAUUAUUAUUUUAGAUUUUAGUGUGAAUGAAUUUGGAGAAGCAAUAGGAGUUCACCGACAAUGGACAAUUUUUUUGGCUUCAUAUAGAACAUGACAACUGUGAAAUCAACUAGACCAUACUACUGUUAACUCCAAUGAUUUGCAUGAAUGGGUUCCACUCUAUUGAAAUAGCCAUUCUUAAAAUAUUCUUUUCCAAGAUCUUGAUUUGGAAGUUUAACUUGUCUAUUGAUUUGUGGUGUACAAAGCACUUAGAUUUAGUUCCAUUUUGUGCUAGUAGUCUCUUUCAAUGUCUUUGGCCAAUUUCUGAUGUUUCUAGUGAUCUUACUAUUCAAGUAGGAGCAUCAACUUUUUCACUUCACAAGUUUCCUCUUGUUUCUAGAAGUGGAAGAUUUAGGAAACUACUACUAGAUGCAAAAGAUUCAAAAGUUUCGCGCGUAAGUUUUCCGGCUGUGCCAGGUGGUGUAGAGGCAUUUGAACUAGCUGCGAAAUUCUGUUAUGGAAUCAAUGUUGAUUUCAAUCUCUCAAAUAUUGCUAUGAUACAUUGCACAUCUCAUUUUCUCGAAAUGACAGAAGAAUUCUCAGAAAAGAAUUUGGUGACGAGAGCCGAAUCAUAUCUAAAGGAAAUAGUACUCCCAAACACAUCAAGCAUUAUAAAUGUUCUUCAUCAUUGCGAGAAUCUUGUUCCUUUAUCCGAAGAAAUCAAUCUCGUUAAUAGGCUCAUCAACGCGAUAGCGAAUAAUGCCUGCAAAGAGCAACUUACGUCUGGUUUGUUAAAACUUGAUCAUAAUUUUCCUUCCAAGGCAACAUCGAUGAUGGAACCGGAAACGCCUCUAGAUUGGUGGGGAAACUCGAUGAAUGUUCUUAGUCUUGAAUUCUUCGAACGAGUUGUAUCCGUUAUGAAGUCGAAGGGACUAAAACAAGACUUGAUCAGCAAGAUUUUGGUAAACUAUGCACAUAAUUCUCUUCAAGGGACUAGUAGUGUUAGUUCCCUCGACGUAGAGUCGCAGAAGAAACAAAAGGUUAUUGUCGAAACUAUAGUUCGUUUACUACCAACUCAAUCAAGGAAAAGCUCGGUUCCAAUCGCGUUUCUAUCGUGCUUACUAAAAACCGCGAUAGCAACAAUGGUGCCAACUUCUUGUAGAAGUGAUCUCGAGAGGCGAAUUGGUCUACAGCUCGAUCAGGCCAUUCUCGAAGACAUUCUUAUUCCAACAAACUCGCCUUUGAGUACUCACAACACAAUGUAUGAUAUAGAUUCGAUUUUGAGGAUCUUUUCGACUUUCCUGAACUUGGAUGAAGUGGAUGAUGAAGAUAGUGAUUUCAGAGAUGAAAAUCAAAUGAUGUACGAGUACGAAUUCGACAGUCCUGGAUCUCCGAAACAAAGUUCAAUUCUUAAAGUAUCUAAAUUAAUGGAUAAUUUUCUUACUGAAGUUGCACUGGACUCAAACCUUUUGCCAUCGAAAUUCAUAGCACUCGCGGAAUUACUUCCUGAUCAUGCUCGUGUCACAAGCGAUGGACUCUAUCGAGCAGUUGAUAUCUUCCUUAAGGUUCAUUCGAACAUUAAGGACUCAGAGCGAUACCGUUUAAGCAAAACUAUCGAUUGUCAGAAACUAUCUCAAGAAGCAUGCAGCCAUGCAGCACAAAACGAAAGGCUCCCGGUACAAAUAGGCGUACAAGUUCUUUACUACGAACAAAUUAGGCUUCGAAACGCGAUGAACGGAGGACACAAUCAAAUCAUGUUUGGUGGAAAUCAUGGCCAGUUUCCUCAAAGAUCAGGAAGUGGCAUAGGAAGUGGAGCAAUUUCACCUAGAGAUAACUAUGCAUCGGUUAGAAGAGAAAAUCGAGAGUUGAAGCUUGAAGUAACAAGAAUGAGAAUGAGGUUGAAUGAUUUGGAGAAAGAUCAUGUUUCUAUGAAACAAGAGCUUGUGAAAACAGGUCCUGCACAGAAAUUUUUCAAGUCAUUUGCUAAGAAACUAAGUAAAUUUAAUGCUUUGUUUCGUAUAAAUAGUAUUCGUGGGAGUGGAACUGCAAGGUCUGGUUCACAAACUCGGUCGCGAUUUCCUUUUCAAAGGCGAAAAUGUCACUCAGUUUCAUGAUUAUAUGUUGUUAAGAUGUAUAAUCUCUGUCACAAUGUAUAAUUUGCUUAAACAUGUAAAGCAUGAUGUGAAUGUGAUUCAACUUGACCAAAUUUUGAGUUUAUUAUAAAUGAUACUUGGUGAUUUUUGGUGUUCAUCAUGGUUUUAA